GAGAGGGGAAAGGAAAUCAUGUUGGUCGUUGGUGGCAAAAAAAUCAAGAGAAAAUCAAGGAUUCAAGUUUGUUUAUUGUUUAAGGCAUAACAACCAGUGAUAUUUUGGUCUUUUGAAAGCCGUUGUAAUGUUUUUAAUACGUCUACUUGCGACUCAAAUCGCUGUCUGAAGGCUGAAUACCUUUCGAAUAGAAUCGUCUGCCAAAGACCAAAAGGUUAUGUAGUUUGUUUACAUACAAUUCAAGCAGGAAAACUCUGGUAGCAUGACAGCCCCCAAGCAUUGUAAGAGACACUAAACAAGAAGUGUUCUAUCAUCUCAUAAGUCCAAUACAAUGCAAUCAUUAGCGUCGAACACAUCUCUGUGCCAUCAACAAGGGUUGCAGACAAAUAGUUGGACUGAAUUACUUCAGAAUUUUAAGAAGAUAUGUAGAAUAUGUGGAGCUCAAAAUGAUUACCUGAUAUCUAUAUUUGGUGCAGAGGGGGAAACACACAGUCUGGAUCAUAAAAUCCAUUUAUAUCUUCAGCUUCAGGUGCGGAGGGAGGAUGUCCUACCUUCACAGCUUUGCUAUGAAUGUAUGUCAUCAUUAUUAUCAUGGCAUUUACUUUAUCAGAAUUGUCAGGAGGCACAUCAUAGAUUUCAAAAAAUGUUGGAGAAAGCUGAGUUCCCUAUCAGACAGGAGUCUGUUCUUAUUUCGCCACCAAAGACAUUGGAGCGAUUUCAAAUUUCAUCUCAUGAUUAUUCCAAACUAAGCUUGCCCACAGACACACAGAACGAUAUUCACCAUGGGAUUGAUGUUACCAGCCAGCAGCAUUUUCCUAACACACCACAUAUAAAUGUAAAUCAGCUAGUCGAAGAUCAGGAAAAUAGGCUACUCUCUUAUGAAAUUAAAUCUGAUAGGCAUUUACAAUACCACAACUUACCUGAAGUAGAGACAGUGGAUCAGAAUGAAUUGGAUAGGGUAUUUGUCUCAGAAAUCCCUUCAUCCAUGCCCAUAAAUAGCAGGGUGAUAACGAACAUAUCUCAUAUUGUGUCAAAUAUUUCAAAUGAAAUUCAAUACCAGGAACAUGCUGAACUGUCUCAUACAAGCACUCACAACCUAGAGAAUGAGUCUGAUGAUGAGUAUGGAUGUAUCUCUAGCCACAAGAAAGAUUCCACUGUAAGUACACUAAGAAAGACCUCUAAACAGAACUCUUUUCUUAAAAAGAAAUCAAGCUCUUUAAGUUCAGAAAGUAGAGGAAUGCUACCUCAAUCUAAUGAUGCAUUAAGAGAUGAUGUUAUGGCUUCACAGUUUACAAAUCGUGUGUCAGCAAUCCAACUAACCACCAGUAGUGAUUCUUAUCAACAAGAAAGUACGUGUAGGUCAAAAAGUGUUCUUGUGAGGCAUGAGUCAGUUCACCCCUCUGUGCUGGUGUCUGACAAUCAAAACGCUUGUCAUAUAGCUGAAACUGAAGCAAGCACUUUCAUUGAGUCUGCCGUCAUAAGAGAACACCGUAAUAUUGGUAGUUUGAAUAAUGAAGGCAAAGGCACAAUGGUGUCUGUUGUUCGGCCAACUUGUUUAAGACGAGCUCCCACAGCUGUUGUUGUGAUUGAAAAUGUUAGUACUAAGUGUAAUAGUGAGUCAAAAGAAAUCACUGCUGAGGAUGAAGAAGAUAAACUCUAUAACAUGCAAACUUCAAGUAACAAUUGUAUUCAAGAUUCUUCAGAAUCCAAAGAUGCUUAUACAAGUUCUUGUAAUGCUACUUCAAUAAGAUGUACUGAAGGAGAAGCUAAAGGUUUAGACUUAUCUCAUAUUUGUUUCUUAUGCAAAAAAUUCAUUAGUAACCCAGUGUUGUUGCUCUCACAUGAAAAAUCUCACCUAACUGACUCUAACCCCCCAAUUACUUUUAUCUGCAAGUUUUGUUCACAUCCUCAAAACUCUCUUCAUGAGAUGCAUUUGCAUUAUACAAUACAUGAGAUAGAAAUGGGAAAACUACAAAAAAAUUAUAGCAACAGAAGGGUUUACUUAUGUAAGCAGUGUGGACUAGUUUGUGCUACCGAAGAGCGGUUGGCAGGACAUCAGCGACUACAUGCUGACAGUGUUGAAUCAUUCAGACAUGAAUGCAAAACUUGUGGAGAAACCUUUAGCACCCGAAGUAAAUUGAGUGUCCACUUGUGGACACAUGCACUGAAACCAUCUCUUAAGACUUUCAAAUGUCAUAUUUGUGGCAAGGGAUUUGGGACUAAAUCAUCUGUGAUGGAACAUCGUCUUAAACACACAGAAGAGGAGAAGUCUCGUGCGUUUAAGUGUGUAAUUUGCAGUAUGGCAUUUGGAAACAAUACACUUUUAGGGAAACAUCGCUUAACUCACACUCAAGAGGAGUUAGCAAGACCUUUCAAAUGCACAUUUUGUGGCAAGGCAUUUGCAAGGAAUCACACUCUUCAAAUUCAUUACCUCUCUCACUCCAAUCAAAAAAACCAUAUAUGUAAUCAAUGUGGAAAAGGAUUUAAAAUGAGAAACUCUUUAAUACAACACAUGAGAACACACCAGGAUCCAAGUGUGUUGCCUUCAUACCCUUGUAGUCUUUGUGGGAAAAACUUCAAGGUCAAAUCUCGACUACGAGACCAUUUACGUCUACACAGUGGAGAGAAACCAUUUGUUUGUGCAACAUGUGGAAAAUGUUUUCACAAGGUGACAGCUUUGCAUACCCAUGAAAUCAGUCAUACUGAAAGAAGAGCCUUCAUGUGUGAUGUUUGUGGAAAAGCAUUUAAGUGGAGUAAAAACCUCAGACAGCAUAAGUCAGUGCAUAUCGAUCCAAAUACAAGCACAGCCCAACCCCAGCCAAGUACUUCCAGUUCUAACAGCUCUGGUUGCAAAUUAAAAUCAAAACCAAAACAGAAGUUAUGUCAAUGCGGCCUGUGUGGGAAGGAGUUCUCCAGUAAGGCCAGUUUACGACACCAUGUACGAAGUAUUCAUGAUGAGAGGGAAAACAAAUCAAUGAAAACUACAAUAUGCUCAAUUUGUGGCAAAGAACUUUCCAAUACAGCAGGACUCAUGAGACAUAUGAAAAUAACUCAUGGAGGAGAGAAGGCAUUUAAAUGUGAUAUUUGUAGCAGAGAAUACUCUACCAAAGUUGCAAGAGAUGAUCAUCGACGGUCUCAUACUGGCGAGCGACCCUAUACAUGCAGUAUCUGUCCAAAGACAUUUUCAUCCCUUUCAAAUCUCCACAUUCACAAAGCCUCACACAGUGAAGACCGUCCACACAAAUGCUCAUACUGUAACAAGCAGUUUAAAAGACGUGCACAUCUUGUACCACAUAUACGUACGCAUACAGGAGAAAAACCAUAUGUUUGCGAUAUUUGCUCAAGGGGUUUUGCCCAGAGUAAUGACCUACAUAAGCACCGGCUAACACAUUCAAAUGAUAAGGCUUUUACAUGUUAUUGUGGACAGGCCUACCGUAUUAAAAGAGACUUGAUUCGUCAUCAAAAUAAACAUCACCCUCAUAACUUACCACCAGAGGCUCAACCACAAGUUGGUUCAGAAUCAUUGAACACUGUAGUAGAUAUAUCUCAUCAGAAACAACAAAUAAUUUUAACACCUGGACUUCCUUCCGCCUCAGCUUCAAGUUUCAAUCCCAAUCAAACAUCUGAUACUAAUGUCAUAUCAUCAUCAAUAAUUAUCUGUAAUUCAAUGAUGCAAAACAAGAGAUAGAUAGAAAUAAAUAUAAGAAU